AUGCACCUCACAUCUUUGGCUCUCGCUGGUCUGCCGGCUCUCGCGGCCGCAGCUGCAACUCCAAACUGCUUUCCUUAUGGUAACGCCGAAUUACCUGGAGAUUUGACAGCUCCCAAUGUCAAACUGGAGGACUGGUGGUGUCCCCAGUCCAUGGCGUAUGGCUUCCAGGGAUUCAGCUACCCUCUCGAGGAUGACAACUGCAACAGCUACACCAACAGCUUCGACCGGAUGAACCAGGACUUUGCCAGGAUGAAGAAGGACUUUGGAGCGAGCAUCGUACGCAUGUACUACCCUACAUGCACCCAGCCCGGGGUGUUUGAGAAUGCGAUUCGAGCUGCGGCCAAGAAUAAUAUGGCUCUUAUCUUGCAGAUCUGGACAAACUUUGGUGACGGUGAUGUUUGGAAGCAAUCUCAGCAGGCCAUUUACGACACCCUCGCCAAACGUGAAUUCGCGGCCAUAGCACCGUACGUCGUCCACAGCGCUGACUGGGGCUCUGAACCAGUUGGCGACGGCAUGGACUCUGGCAACUUCGUCAAUGACCUCGGGGCAUUCCGCAAGCGGAUGAAUCAGCACCACGUCAAGGCGGGCAUCAGCGAGGACUGGGACCGUCCUGGUUCCCUCCGCAACGGCGAUGGUUUGACCGAUCUGGGCCGCGGCAUUAAAAGCAACUCGGACUACGCCCACAUCCAUGCCAUGCCCUUCUAUCAUGGCAAUAACCCCGAGAACCAGGCCUGGGCAUACAUUCAACAGGCUACGCAGUGGGUUUUGGAUCAUGUCAAGCUGCCUACCAUGAUCACGGAGAGUCCUUGGGCUUGGGGCAAGACCGACCACAAUCCUGGAAAGACGGACGUAGGCGUUGCCCAGUACACGCGCUAUUGGAAAACAUUUGAUGAUAAUUGCGAGUGGUUUAAGCAGAAAAAUGUCGGUUGGUUCUUGCAUGCUUGGCAGGGAGAAGAUAAAUUUGAUAUUGUGAAGCCCGAUGGCCCUGGUUAUGUUAUUCCUGGCUGGAGACCUCGUAAGUGUUGA